AUGGCAUCUGCUACUGCUACCGCCACUAUGGCUGCUGCCGGCUUCGAUGUACGACCUAGCACUGGAUCUUCUUCGCUGCAAACGCCCAGGUCUGGUGGUCUACCAUCUGAAAUGCGUAGCCCACUUGCCGGAUCGCCCAGCUUCCUCAAGCAAAGAAAUGACGAAUUAAAGACGCCUAUCACUCCACCUUCUGCGUACUUGGACUUCCUGAAGAACAUGUCCCCUGCUCUGAUGAGCCCGGCACCAACGAGCACAAGUGCUCGCUUCAGCUUCCACGGCGACAAGACCGAUAGAUGGUCCGACAAAGCCUCCGAGACAGCAACCGAGAAGCCAUCGAUCAGCCCCCCAACCUCGCAACCCGCUUUGUCUCGCAAUACAUCGUAUGACUCGAACACUUCUACUGCUACUUCAUCCUCGACACAAAGCAUCGCCUCCUCUGUUCCCAGUGCUACUGGCACUCGACGACAACGACCAGAGUCACCUCGCGUUACCAUCCCACCCUCGCCAUUUGCGAAGCCAGCACUACGAUCAGCACGGACACCGCGAAAGCUAACGAUCCCGCAAUCACCAUACUCUACAGGCUUGCCAUCAGCAGGCAUGCCCUCCGCCCGAUCAGUCGGCACACCCUACACAUCAACUCCACUCAGCGCUGCGCCAUGGAGCGCAUCGUUCUCGUCCCGUGACGUCGAUGUUGAGACGACUGGAAAGCCCGGGAAAGUUACUGUGAAGCAAGUAGUCACCAGGACGGUGACAUACUGCCGGACGCCAUUGGAGGCCAUCCCAGACGGCAAUCUAUGGAAGAGAAGAAAAGUUGAGCACGAAGGUACACUAAAAGGACUUGAGGAGUAUGAGCCGACGAUCAAGGAGGAAGGGACGGAUAGUGAGGGAACUGCGGAAAUCAGGACAGUCAUUCCUGAGGCGGAGAGGAAAACGGGCAGCGGUGCUGCCGAUGAAGCAAAUAUCGACCCAGCACUGAAGGACGCCUAG